AAAAAAAAAAAAAUUUUUGUUUUGGUUUUAUAUUAUAAAAGCAACGGAGAAUUUCUCAACUAAAAGUUGUUUUAUGCAAUAUAAUAAUGGCUAUGAAUAAAUACAUGCAUCCACGAAAUAUUUAUAAAAACCCUCCGGAUUUCGCUAAGCUGUCAAAAGAUUUCUCAGAAUUUUCCAACAUUUGUAAAAAGGAUGUAUCAGGAAAAGUAACAAUCGAUUUUAAAGAUCCACAUUCCUUAAGAGUAUUGACAAGGUGUCUACUGAAAUCUGAUUUCAAACUAGAUGUUAAAAUACCUGAAGACAGAUUAGUGCCCACAUUGCCCUUACGACUCAAUUAUCUGUUGUGGAUAGAGGAUCUAAUGAAGGCUAUCAAAAGGACUGAACAUGUGAAAGGCUUGGACAUAGGUACUGGAGCCUGUGCUAUUUAUCCACUUUUGGCAACGGCGAAGAAUAAAUGGAGCAUGUUAGGAACAGAAAAUGAUGAGGAAAGCCUUACUAAGGCUUUAGAGAACAUUCAAAGAAAUAAUUUGCAGGAUUUUAUUCAAUUAAAACUAAAUAAGACUUCAUCAAUAUUAGACUACCUAUUUACUCAAGAAAGUGGAUCAGAGUUUGACUUCAGUAUGUGCAACCCUCCUUUCUACAGCAACAUUCAAGAACUUCUGGAAUCUCGCAGUACGGCCAGGCCACCCCCUAAGAAUGGAUUUACUGGAUCCCCACAUGAGUUGAUAACAGAGGGAGGAGAAUUAGAAUUUUGUAGAAAAAUGAUACAAGAAAGCAAGAACCACAAAAAUAAAGUCAUAUUAUUCACUACAAUGAUAGGACAUAAAUUUACUUUAAAUGAAUUAUCUGAAGAUUUGAAAGCAGAUGGUAUUAAAUAUACUAGCACAGAAUUCUGCCAAGGCCGAGUGACAAGAUGGGGUUUAGCAUGGACAUAUCAAGACUAUGAUGUUUACAAAUUAGCUCCACCAAGGGAUAAGCCCCGGAAGAAGAUUGCUAACACAGUACAUCAGUUACCGGAAUUAUCAGAGAGUAUAAGUAAUGUUGAUCUUGCUUUCAAUAAACUUAAAUCCCUCUUGGUGGGCUUAAAAAUAUCAAAUAAAGUCCUUAAUAAAAAAGGAAAUUGUAUAUUUCUGCAGAUAACUGCUACUGAAAAUACAUGGAGUAAUCAAAGACGAAAAAGGAGAAUGCUUGAAAGAAAAGAAGCAAAUGACGCAAAAAAAAUAAAACAAGAGUUUUCACAAGAGGCAGAGACAUCUGUUCUGGAGAACAAUAAUUUAGAAAAAAAACCUACUGUGCCUGAAAGUGCUUGUUCAAGUAAUCUUGAUUCUUGUGAUGAUGUCAAACCACCACAAUUCCUAGAAAACCCUGGAGCAGACUUAGAAGAACAACAGUUAGUACAUGCAUUUUUAAAACUUUUCAUUAAAGACAGCCACAUAUUCCUUGAAACCGAAUUUCUUGAUGGUACCAGUGGGAAAGAAGGCUUACAUCAGAUAAUACAAUUCAUUAAAAACAACUGGAAAUAACUUGGUGUUUCUUUAUUUUAUUCCUGAUUUGUCUAUUGUAAAUAUUUUGGCAGGAUGGGCUAUUUUAAGAACAUAUUUUUUUCAUUUUAAGUUUUGAAUUACACUCCAUAGUUUUGGUGUAAGUUUGCAUCUCGGAACUAAAGAGUAAAGUAAGUAUCUCAGGGCGGCUACCGGGAAAAUCGAAAUUCGUUACGUUUUAGUGAGAGUAAAAGAGAAAGAUCCCCGCAAUUUGCGAAUUUCGGUUUUCGCGGUAGGCCCCCUGAACGCAUAAACCUCGGUGCAUGAAUUAUUCAACCCUUAGGCUGCAUUCGCACGAGCGCUUUGUCAGCGUUAAAAAGCGGCCAAGUGCGAGUCGGACUUGCCCAUGAAGGGUUCCGUACCAUUUAUGACGUAUUAAAGUUUCAGUUCUAACCAAUUUUCGGUAGAAGUUUGCAUGGUAAUGUACAUCAUAUUUUUUUUUUAGUUUUAUCAUUCUGUUAUUUUAGAAGUUACAGGGGGGGG